AUCCUCACCUCCCAUCCUCACCUCCUCCUUACCUCCUAUCCUCACCUCCCAUUCUCACCUCCUAUCCUCACCUCCCAUCCUCACCUCCUCCUCGCCUCCUCCUCACCACAUAUAAACUCACUUGUUGAGAUUCACUUUCUGGUUGCGCUCAGAGAUCACGACUCUCCUGCACGUCGCCGCUGGUUUUCAUUUCAUUUUUCCGUCUGCAGUUGUCGUACAUGUGCUGACUGUGUUCCGUGGAGGAGCUUCUGUCCCUCCGACUCUCUCACGGCUGCGUUCAACUCACGUUUGAGGAUCGAGAGCGGAGCGUUGCAGCGGUUUUUAUUUUCUUCUUCUAAACAGCGACUGAAAUCCAGACGCAAUGCAGACAGACGAGAAGGCAGUGGAUGGCGGUUUGUUGCCUGACGCCAAUGGGAAAGAUCCCAACCAGGGCGGGCAGACCGACGGCUCCAAGUGGCAGAAACCACGGCUGUCGCGUAAAUCGCUCAUGAAGUGCUGUCUUGUCAAGUGGAUCAUCGCCAGCACUACACAACAAGGGCCAGACAGCUGUGACAGCGAUCUUGAGCUCUCGAUGGUGCGUCACCAGCCUGAAGGCCUCGAGCAGCUCCAAGCCCAGACCCAGUUCACCAGGAAGGAGCUGCAGUCGCUUUACAGAGGCUUCAAGAACGAAUGUCCCAGUGGACUCGUGGAUGAAGAAACAUUCAAGACCAUUUACUCACAGUUCUUCCCUCAAGGAGAUGCAACCACAUACGCACAUUUCUUGUUCAAUGCAUUCGACAUGGACAGAAAUGGUUCCAUUCGGUUUGAGGACUUUGUGAUAGGGUUGUCUGUGUUGCUUAGAGGCUCUGUAACAGAGAAACUCCGAUGGGCUUUUAAUCUGUAUGACAUCAACAAGGACGGCUACAUUACCAAAGAGGAAAUGUUGGCAAUAAUGACAUCCAUCUAUGAUAUGAUGGGCAGGUACACUUUACCCAGUGUCAGGGACGAUUCCCCCUUUGAACACGUGGAGAAAUUCUUCCAGAAAAUGGAUCGUAACAGAGACGGAGUGGUGACUAUAGAUGAAUUCAUAGAAACCUGCCAAAAGGAUGAAAACAUAAUGGCUUCCAUGCAGCUCUUUGAGAACGUCAUCUAGUUUGUGCAGAAGAGCUGGAGACCAGUAAUGCUGCGUAGUGCUUCCAGCUGCAACCUCCUGAAUAAUUCCAUUCAUCCUGAAGAGGAAAAACUGAGUCAUGCAACACAUUCAACACAAACUGGUGAACACAAUAAUUAUUUUCCAGUCAAACUGUUCCGUGCAGAGAGAAGUGCAGGAUUCACCAAAUCACCUGAAGAAGAAAUGUUUCUUUGCAUGACAGUUUUAUUUUGUGUUUGCACAUGAAGAAAACCAAGAACAUGUCACCAGAGCCAGAUGAGCAUGAGCAUAUGUCUGACAUUAAAAAAAGCAUGUGAUGCAACACUCUGAACACAAACAAGGGGGUUUAUUUCUCAGCACUUUGAAACAAAUGAGAAACAUUGUUACUGUAUUAUAUUGUAAAAUUCAAGUUUGCUCCUGGUUUUUUAUGUGAACAUGACGCCCAGUCCUUGUCGUGUGGACCUAAAACCUGCUGAAAUCAACCUUCACCUGCUGAGAAUCCCACUGAACCUCUUCUAUUUUAUGUUCCAGUUUCUGGAACCAUCUGCUUUGUGCUAAAAUUUUUCCACAUUUUUAUUUUCUGUCAGCUUCUGGGGCAGCACACGAUCUGUGAAAGCAGUGGGAUGUUCACUUCCAAAUGAAAUAUGUGAUAAAACAUAUUAUUCACCCUGUAUGAAUUUUAAUAUCUAGCAAGUGAUUACAUCAGAUUUGUUGCAUUGUAUUUGAUGUUGUGUAACUGUAAAGCUGCAAAAAAAAAAAAAAAAAGCAAUAAAACAAAGUUUGAAGCAA